AUGUCCAAGGAAAGGUUGUCGUCCUGGCACGCCAACUCCGUCUGCACCUCCUCGCACAGUCCUCUACGGAAUAGGGUGCAGAGUGCCAGUUCAUUCCAUCUACUGGAGGCUGCCACGAUCCAGAAGGUGAGGCGUUUCUCGCCGAGCUGCAGUGCGCCUUGCAAAGGGCCACCACAGGGCUUGCGUUCCCCUCCGCGGGGCUCGGCAACAGCAGCGGCGGGGAUGUCAGCAGCAAAAAAAGACUCCAACCAGACCUACAACUCCCGACUCAAGAGGAAAAACCUGGCCAUUGAUUUUGCAGUGCCCUCUCUGUUGCGCUACUACAUGGCAGAGUUGAUCAAACGCCCACUUAACGGAAAUUGUCUGACUUUUAAUGGGUGCUAUAUGGUGCGCGCUAACUUAAGGAUGAACUGCAUACCCUUACAAAAAACGGUUGCUACUUUUCUCGACCCAAAGUUGGCUGCAAUCGAUAGCAUGGCGGCAGAGAAUUCAACCAGUGCUGGUGGACAGUUCUCUUACCGCUACAAUCCGUUGCUGUCCAAAGUUCUGAAUUUGGGUUUGACGAAAGCCAGCCGAAAAUCAAAUCAAGUCGUGGUGGAAAUUGGGGAGGACGUGGUUAAAACGGGUUGCGGUGGACUGACAGUCUACGAAGAAGACCCGGUAUUUUUCCUGGAAAUGGACCUAACAAGUAUUUUAGAAUGGUGGUUGGGCGCCGAAGGGGGCCGGCUAAGGGUCCGGCUUAUGCCAGAAAAAAAAGCACAGGUUCCCGGGAGAGAGGACAAGUACACCGCGGCGAUACGAGCAGCUGACCCCCGACUAUUUAUUCAUAUAGCCUCCCGAGGGGAGCCGCUGGCAGGUCGAUCCGGACUGGGCGUCCCCCGAGGUUACUGGAACUUCUCCUGGAUGGCCCAGGAUGAGCUGAACUCCCCCAAGAUCAUGGCACCGACGUCAGAUAUCGGGUGCCCUGGAAAAAGGAAGUCAUGUGACCGCCCGUACCCCGAAUAUAACCCUUAUUUCACGUGGAGCGUGGUGGUGGCGGAGAACCCUUGGGAAGAGGGGAACGAGAGGAUGGAAAGGAAAGGAGGAAGUCCACAGGGCUGGGAGGAAGCCUCAGUCAGCAUGACUUAA